GCCAGCAAAACCUCCCAGCGUUAUUUUAGGACCGAUACGGGCAGAGGCCGUGGCGUUUUGCUCUCUUUUCACUAAACACUCCCCGGGGGAGGGUGAGGAGGGAGAGGGGCGCAACACCCAGGCGAGGACCGUCCCUGUCCCGCUCCUGCCUCCUCCCUGGCGUAUCCCCAGUGGCGCUGGGCAGGGGGAAGGGGUUAAUUGAGCCCGAGGCCGGGCGGCGCACCGAGGACGGGCGGCAGUUUGAAAGACGGAGACUGGACAGCUGUGUUUGCUGUGGUAUUUUUAAACGCAUUAAAGCAGGCUCCAAUCACCCGGCCAUGCUUGACCUAUUUUUGGCUCAGGCCGGCCAUUGUUCUAUUUCUGCCGCCGCUGGGCCGCGAGGGUGUCAAUUCAAAUGCAAAUGAGUUAUCGCUGCUGCUCCCGCCAACUUCUCCCGGGCGCCUGGCCGAGGGACAGCCGGCCGGGAGCGGAGAGGGGCGCGGGCACGGCAACGCGGGGCUAGGCUGGGGUCAACUCGGUUAAACCCUCAGCGGCUCCCGGUGCCUAGAAAGAUGGGGUUUCUGGACGUGAACAGCUCUUGGCUCAGCAAAGAAUGCACAGUAUGAUCAGCUCAGUGGAUGUGAAGUCGGAGGUUCCCGUGGGCCUGGAGCCGAUCUCGCCGUUGGACUUGCGGACGGAUCUCAGGAUGAUGGUUCCCAUGGUGGACCCGAUAAUGCGCGAAAAGCAGCUACAGCAGGAGCUGCUCCUGAUCCAGCAGCAGCAGCAGAUUCAGAAACAACUGCUCAUUGCAGAGUUCCAGAAGCAGCAUGAAAACCUGACCCGCCAGCAUCAGGCCCAGCUCCAGGAGCACAUUAAGUUACAACAGGAACUACUAGCCAUUAAACAACAGCAAGAACUCCUUGAAAAAGAGCAGAAACUGGAGCAGCAAAGACAAGAGCAGGAACUGGAGAGGCAUCGCAGGGAGCAACAGCUUCCUCCCCUCCGAGGCAAAGAAAGAGGACGAGAAAGGGCAGUGGCCAGUACAGAAGUGAAGCAGAAACUUCAAGAGUUCCUGUUAAGUAAAUCAGCUACAAAAGACUCUCCAGCAAAUGGGAAGAAUCAUUCCAUGAGCCGUCACCCCAAGCUCUGGUACACGGCUGCCCACCAUACCUCACUGGAUCAAAGCUCUCCACCCCUGAGUGGGGCCUCGCCACCAUACAAAUAUACUUUACCAGGAGCACAGGAUGCUAAGGAUGAUUUUCCACUUCGUAAAACGGCUUCAGAGCCCAAUUUGAAGGUACGUUCAAGGUUAAAACAAAAGGUGACAGAAAGGAGAAGCAGUCCUUUGCUCAGGAGGAAGGAUGGAAACGUCAGUUCAUUCAAGAAGCGUCUUUUUGAGGUGACGGAAUCCUCAGUCAGUAGCAGCUCCCCAGGAUCAGGUCCCAGUUCCCCGAGCAAUGGUCCGACCAGCAGUGCAAAAGAAAAUGAAACCUCAGUUUUGCCAUCUAAUAUUCAAGCUGAGCACCUGGUUUCCCAGCAACGCCUUUUGAUACAGGAUGAAUCAGUGAACUUGUUGAGUCUGUACACAUCCCCUUCUCUGCCCAACAUUACCUUGGGACUUCCAGCAAUACAACCUCAAAUCAGUGGAGUCAGGGAGUGCUCCAGGAAAAGUAAUAGCUUCCCACUACUACAGGCUUCGUCAUCAUUCAAAGAAAAGCAGAAGGGGGAGACCCCGCCACUUAGACAAGGAGUGGCCCUGGCUGGACAGUAUGGAGGAAGCAUUCCUCCAUCAACUCAUCCUCACAUUGCUAUGGAGGGAAAGCCAAACAGCAGCCACCAAGCUCUCUUGCAGCAUCUGUUACUGAAAGAACAAAUGAGACAGCAAAAACUUCUUGUGACUGGAGCGGUUCCUCUUCAUCCACAGUCUCCUCUAGCAGCAAAGGAGAGAGUCUCACCUGGCAUAAGAGCUGCCCACAAACUGCCUCGUCACAGGCCACUGAACAGAACCCAGUCUGCUCCUCUUCCUCAGAGUACUUUGGCCCAGCUGGUCAUCCAGCAGCAACACCAGCAAUUUUUGGAGAAGCAGAAACAAUACCAGCAGCAGAUCCACAUGAAUAAGAUGCUCUCUAAGUCCAUUGAGCAGCUCAAGCAGCCUGGCAGUCACCUGGAGGAAGCUGAAGAAGAGCUUCAUGGAGAUCACUCGAUGCAGGAAGAGCGAGCUCCCGCCAGCAGUGCCAGCGUUAGGGCUGAGAGCAGCAGUGCUGGUGUGGAUGACAGAAUAGGACAGCAGGUGGGGGCUGUGAAAGUCAAAGAGGAGCCACUGGACAGUGAUGAGGAUGUUCAAACCCAGCAAAUGGAAUCUGGGGAGCAAGCUGCUUUUAUGCAACAGGUAAUAGGCAAAGACUUAGCUCCAGGAUUUGUAAUUAAGGUUAUUAUCUGAACAUCAUGUGUGUUUUCUAGGCUUUGGUAAGCAAUUGUGUUUUGAUUCACUGAGCUAGCAAAUCCUGAUUUACUGUUCGAAGAAUUUAACAAAUGCAGAAGUGUUGUAUGUACACUUGAAAGCAUAGUGAAGCUCAUCCUUAUGGCCACAAAUUGAGAAAAUAUCUGUUGCAAUCAAUUAUGCUACAUAAAUCUUUGAGUAAUAGCUGAUAGAUUGUAUUAGCCCUGAAUUACCUUACAUCACUUACUCCUAGGGAAAGAGAACUUGUAUCACCUAGCCUGUUGAGAUCAGCAAUUGAUGGAAUUAGUUUCCAGACCUGAUUGAGGAAAUAUUCUUCUGAUUUUGAAUUCUCUGACUUCUGCUUUCAGCUGUCUGUAUAUAUUGUAUCAUACUAUAGUCUUGAACACUGUUAAUGUUAGGGUAUUCUUUUCCCCAGUAGACAGGUACUGACUGCUAUCUUGGUGGUCUCAGGCUGGUGUAUAAAGUUAAUUUAGAGAAAAGUAAGAGGUGGAUAUAAAGAGGCAAGGCAAGGCACUGUUUUAAAAUUGCAUUGUUUUCUUUUUUGCACUGCUUGGUUAAUUUUUCAUUCUGUCUUAUUUGAUGAUAAUGUCAGCAGAGGCUUCCUUAAAUGCAGCAGAUGCAAGUACUGGUGAGAAGCAAAAUGCAGCAUUAGGUGGUUCCAGUCAGUUAUCAGGACAUUGCACAGCAAGCAAAGAACUGUUACUGUUAUCAUCUGAUACCCAGUCACUUGUUUGGUUUUUUAUUUAAAUGAAGACUAAUUUUACAAUAUCUCAUAACCUUCACAACGGAUGGACAAAUCCUAAAGUAGCAACUAUGCAUAAAAUGCCACCUGGACAAAAGGCAGGUUCAGCUUGUCUGGGAGCUUUAGGUGGAGUUGAAAGGCGCAGCCGUGUGUGCAGCCCGCGAGCUGCAUCCCUCCGAGUCAGCAGAGCAAGGCUGGCUGCAGUGCAAGGCCCUGUUUAUUUAAGUCCAUACUUUGUCAGGUCCCUGCUGUUCUCCUGCAGAAAAGUGAUUUUGGGAGGGGGGGGCAGGAAAUGCCUUAUGGAAACAGGAAGCCCAAGUGAUUCAUGUGCUGAGGAAUGCGGGGCAGGGGGGACGGGGCAGCUCUCCCUCUGUUUUUAAAGGCACUCUAUGAAUUGAUUUAUUGUCAAAGAAAAUAACAAAGCGAGUAGGGAAAUUGUUAAGGAAGCUUUCCAGUGAAACAUUUCCUUCAUAUUCCCUUUUGAUAUGUUUACCUUGUUUUAUAGGUUUACUUUUGUUAAGCUAGUUAAAGAUUCAUUGUAUUAAGAUCCCCUUUAAUAUGGAUAAUCCCAAACUGACCUGGACUCCUUGUCAGGUUUUUUUUCUAUUAAAAAUAUUUAUAUUUCUAAAGCUGAGGUAUUUUAAGGUGCAGUAUCCGGUUUCAAAAGAGAUAGUUGUUUUGCCAAAUGUAGGAAUUGCUCUAAAAUAUGUUAUUAGCAUGUGUUGUUUAGAUUAUGUUCUAAUACUAUUCAGUCUCUUCCAAAAUGUUGCAACUUCUAAAGAUACAUUAUCCUUUUUCCUAGAAGAUCUCCAAACAAACUUCUAAAUAGUUGCUUUUAACAUAAAAGGCCUCUAUAGAUAGAAAAAGAUUUAAUUGAGAAAAACACAGGUGAUUUUUAUGUGGGCUUCAUAUUUGAAGAGAAAUCUGUCUCCAUCCUAGAUGAAAAAAAAUACAUUCAAAAAGUGAAGGCUAUAAAAGUGAAAUUAUAUGUGUUUCCCAUUCUGUAUAUUUUUAAUUUUCUUUGAAAUCUGAUUUCAGCUUCAUCAAAAAGGGAUAGUGCAUCUUUUAAAAUACAUUUGGGGAGAAAUUUGCAAUUGAGAAGAAUUUUGUACAAUAUCACUUGAAAAACGUGUAUUCACAGAAGACAAAAGAUAUUUUUAUAUUGUCAUUCAGGUGAGAAACCCCAGUAUAGUAGUGUACUUUAAUUUCAGAACCUUUCAAAUUUGGAUAAAAUUAAAAUUAGAGAAACUACCUGGAACCAGUGAAAAGGAAAACUGGGUUUAAACAGCCACAUUUCUAAUUGAUUAUUGUCUCUUACAUUUUAAAUCUACUGUAUUUAUUAUAAUUUACACCUGUAGAGGUGAUCUCAUUUUGUGUUGUAAAUAUAUUCUGUUUGUAUGUUCCCUUUUUUUGCCUUCUGAUAUAAGUCUUUUCCUUUCUCAAAUAAAGUUUUUUUUUUAAAAGA